AGAAUAUUCUAUCGCUGUUGUCUGUGUCAUUUAUGUAUCAUUUUAAUUUGUAUGUGUAUUAUUUAUUCAAAAAGUCAGUUGAUAUUCGAUUCCAAUGAAAAUUGUUAUGAUUUUGAAACACGAUUGAUGAAUUUGGAAAAUGAUUUGCGCAGGUUAAAAGAAAAGCAACAAGAAAGACAAAGUGUGGCCUUUACAGUGACUGAUUCGGGGAAUAAAUAUGAAACGAUAACCGGGGAAAAUCAGCCAAUUAUUCUAAAAAACGUACGUCUUAAUAUUGGAGCUGGGUAUAAUUCUACAACAGGCAGUUUCACAGCACCGGUGGAAGGAAAUUACGCAUUUUUUAUUUCUGUCCAAGUAUUCAGAGGAGAUGUGCUUCAUGUCGUCAUGACUGUGAAUGAUAAAUUCGCACUAGAGGCAAUAGCAGGGGUACGACAUGACCCUGAUGAUACUAUUAGAUACUACACUGGUGGCAACAUAGCCAUCAUUUCACUGAAAAAGAAUGAUGUUGUGCGCAUCAAGUCACAACAAAAUUAUAUUUUUUCAAAAAAAAAUAAUACUUCGAUAUUCUGGAAAUAACUUUUCCGGAUUUUUGAUCCCAUUUUAAUUAAAUCUAACAUGUAUCAUGACGUAAACGUAUCUGAAUCAGACUUGGGAAUUCUAACAACUUUUGUUUCAUGUUUGUAUAAAUAAAGCUUUUGCCGUACUUAUCAUUUUUAUGCAUUUUAUCGGAAAAACAGUUUCCCUUCCAUAACUUAACUAUAACCCUUCAAACAGAUGCUAAACACAAAUGCAUACCUGCUUAUGACUUUAAUUAUAAUAUUUGUCGUUUCAGAAGAGAUGGGGAUCAUUGUAUAACCUUUAAUAAAUGUCAAAUUUUGUGUAAACAGCUUUAGAUUUAAUAAACAAAGG